UAAAUUUUUCAAACCACAUACAUAGGCACAUGAUAUUAUUCAUUUCUUUCUAUAUAUAGCUAGCUACACGAGUCACACUGCAAUCAAUUACUCCUCUCAGUCACUCAUACACCAUUCCUUAAUCCAUCCGAAACCAUGAUCAAAAUUCCAAACCUUAAAAUCCCUGAGUGGAACACAACACAAUACGAGGAAGUAACAUUCUCCAACCAUUUCAUUUCAAACGACAUAGACAUACACACUUCAUGCAUGACUGAAGAUUUCGACUUACCAAUCCAUGUUUUCUCAACUGACCAAUUCCGAAUGUUCGAAUUCAAGGUUCGAAAAUGCCAACGUGGUAGGUCCCAUGACUGGACGGACUGUCCAUACUCUCAUCCCGGUGAAAAAGCUCGCCGGAGAGACCCUCAAAAAUACAAUUAUUCCGGCAAUCCUUGCCCGGAGUUUCGCAAAUUAGGAAACUGCACCAAAGGUGAUUCUUGCCACUUCGCUCAUGGUGUUUUUGAAUGCUGGCUUCAUCCUUCUCGUUACAGAACUCAGCUUUGUAACGACGGAACCCUUUGCCGGAGACGAGUUUGUUUCUUUGCUCAUACCAUUGAUCAACUCCGUGUCUCAAAUAACGCUUCACCGGAAUCAUUUGUUUCAUCUCCUACCUCAGUUCUUGAUUCUUCUCCAAGAAAAUCUCGAUACGGUGUCCCACCGGUGAACGUGAGGGAAUUAGUUGGCUUCAUGAGGAGUGUUAGGGUUGAUGAAUGGAGUCCGGUGUCUAAGAUGGGUUCUGUGUUUGGUUCUCCACGACCACGAGGUGGUUUUUUGAGUCUUCCAUCAAACUAUGAAGGGGUUGGUAUGGAGAGGGUGGAAUCAGGAAGAGAUCUUAGAGCCAAAAUCUAUGAGAAAUUUGGUAGGUUGAACUCAAACGAUGGUGUUGUUUCGGUCCCUGUCCCUGAUAUUGGAUGGGUUGCGGAACUUGUUAACUGAAUCUGGAUGGAAGAGUAUGAUUUUACUUUGUAUAGUUGAAUGAUGCAAAAAGAAAUAAAACAGCUCUCUGUGCAUUGUUGAGGAGUAUGGCAUUUUGGUGUCUCUAUAUCUGUUUUCUUAAUUCCUUUUGACAUUUAGGUUUCUUCUUGUAUUAAGGAUUUGUUGAAGAUUGGGUGGCAUUUGAUUUUGUUCAUCAGUUCAUUGUUUUGUUUUCUUCCAUUAACUUUGUAUUCUUGUCUCCAUUUUCUGUUUUUUUUUUUUUUUUUUUUUUUUUUAUGUCUAUGGGUCACCGGAAGAACUUGAAGAAUGAUGUAUAAUGUAUUUAUGCGUUCUUUUUCUUUCAGAAAUGAAUAUAAUGCACAUGGAAGCUGACAACUAGGGUACCCAUGGAAGAAUGGUGGA